CCUUUUUGUCUCCUUUGGAAGGUCAUAUAUAUCUAAAGUUAAAAUGCCAAGUGGACUCUUCUGUGGAGGAGAAAGGGUUCUUGACUAUGUUUGAAGAUGUCAGUGGAUUUGGAGCAUGGCAUAGGCGUUGGUGUGUGCUGUCUGGAAAUUGUAUCUCUUAUUGGACAUACCCAGAUGAUGAAAAACGAAAGCAUCCUUUGGGCCGGAUAAACUUGGCAAACUGCACUAAUCAUCAGAUUGAACCUGCCAACAGGGAGUUCUGUGCCCGUCCCAACACUUUUGAACUAAUAACUGUCCGUCCUCAGAGGGAAGAUGACAGAGAGACUCUCGUCAGCCAAUGCAGAGACACGCUCUGUGUUACAAAGAACUGGUUGUCUGCUGAUACUAAAGAAGAGCGUAACCUUUGGAUGCAAAAGCUCAACCAAGUCCUUGUUGACCUUCGCAUGUGGCAACCUGAUGCUUGUUACAAACCUAUUGGAAAGCUUUAAAUCUAAAAGGGAAACAUGAAGAAAAUAUGUAUGCAAAAACCCACAUGAGCUA